UUUCGCUCAUUCUUUUGCCAGUGUUCAAUCGUAUCGCACGCGUUUUGAGUUGUGCUCCGCAAAUCGAUUCUUACAUUGGUGCAAAGGCAAAAAAAAGUAAAGAGGAAAAGCAAUUUCUCUCAAGUGAAACACAAGGUGAAAAAUCUUAUCAUCAACCAUAAAAGGAUAUUAGCAGCUCAGCGAGCAUCAGCUGACAAAGUGUUUGAUUUCGUGUGAAUAAGUUUAAACAGUUGUGCAAAACCGCUGCGAGAUAAAAGUGAUUGCGCGAGGAGAACGAGCACUCAAGUGUUUACAGUUGUGAUUAGAAACCGGAGCCUAUCCGGAGGAAAGCCGUCAAAAUUUGUGUAAAACGAGCAAGAAAAAUGAAGGCCAUCACAGCGGUGUGUGCUACUGGUGCCUCAGUGCCGGCAAUUGCCGGAGGCCGAGUGCAGCGGCACCGUGAUGGCGAGAAUGCCGAGAUCCAGAUGUACCUGUCGAAGCUGAAGGAUCUCGUUCCGUUCAUGCCGAAGAAGCGGAAAAUCUCCAAGCUGGAGGUUAUCCAGAACGUGAUCGACUACAUCUGUGAUCUGCAGAAUGCACUGGAGUCUCAUCCGGCUGUGAAUACGUUCGAUCCCGUUCAGGCUCUGGCCAGUCAGUGUCCGUUGGAACCGAUGGAAUCUACUCCCGUUGGACCACGGCAACCCCUCGGCGUACGGCCGAGUCCAAACACUAUCCUAGGGAAUGGUGUUCCUGUCACCGUUGCCAGUCCUGCUUCUAGCCCUGCUGCCGGUGGAUCAAGCAGUUCCAGCAGCAGCCCCAGCAGUAACAGUGAUGCAGCCAAUACGAUCAAAGAUAUGUCGACGUGAAUGGCAUUGGUCCCGCCCGACGCUGCUGCUGCUGCCGACACUGCUGGGAUUUCCGGUCCCGUUGGCCUCCGCUCGUUGAGCAGCUUGGAUGAUCUCUGCUUCGAACUGAACACUAUAACACAAGACGAAGAUUGGAACUCUGUUUGUGGUCGCCGGCAGAAGGCAACUCUACCACGCAGGCUGGCCGCUUCAAUCAGCCAGCCAGCCAACGAGGUCACACAUACGCCGCCGGCGCUACACCUUAUUUGAAUCAUGAGCCAACUAGCUGAAGCGAAUGUGGAUUAUAUGUUAAUAAUUAAUAUUAAUGUUCUGUGAUCUAUAGAAUAUGAUUUUAUUUGCGAAGGGUUAGUUAGAGCGAUCAUUCAGCAAACCGCGUCUUGCCUUCGCGCUAGAACAGUCAAGUCAACCAUCAAACCGUUCACCGAAGGCAGGCAUUCUGUACAAAGUGUAGAAUUUAGUUACAAUAAACUUACUUUAAACCGAAAAAUAACAGCAGACGAGAAGAACUGAAAAUAGUUUCCGACGGUCAAGCUCGACCAGCUUUUGUCCAAUUACAUUUUUUUUUCAAGACGUGUUAUUUUUUGUGUAAAUGAUCCGAUGACUUAUAACUUUUGUUUUUUAGUUCUUAGUCAGGAGGUAUAAACUUUAUUUAUGUACAUAGUAAAAUAGAACAAAUUAUAUUUGUUCCCAUUAAAUCACAGUUAUUUAUAAAGUAGCAAGACUUUAUCAAAUAAACUUCAAAACAUCAAUAAUAA